GUUACCUUUGGCUUAGAACUUUUGCUUUUCAAUGUUGGCUGUGGCAAAGAGCAAAAAAGGGAAUCAACCACCAUGAGCAGACGCACGCAUGCACAGGGGUAGGGGCAUGCAUGGCGAAAUUCGUUGACAACAAUGCCUACGGAUAGGGGGAGGAGGACAAAAACUCGUUUGAGAGCUUGCGAAUUUUUUACCCGCGCAGCGCUCACGGAGCAGUGCUCAAAAUCGAAUUCAGUGAUAGUGAUGGAUCCCGUAGCAAUAAACAAUCAAUAAAAUUGCAACAACAAAAACUGUGCACACAACGGGGAAAAGUACAUCUACGGGUAAGGGAGGGUCACACUAGUCGAAAACAUCCCAGCUUCGUGCGGCUUGUCAAACAAAAAUAUUGUGUGCAUAAAAAACCAUUAUACAUCAGUAUAUGAAUCAUAAAUCAACUAAUUUUCGUAGCGUUUAUAUUAAUGAGAAAGCGCGCGCGAGUGCAACAAACAAAUACAAGCGCUUGAUUACAGGAAGGAAAGUUUCAACCUGAGCGGAAAUUCUAAUUUUAUAGAACCGAAAGAGUGAAAUAUUUUGUAUUUUUCAUAUAGAAUACAUUAAGUGAAUGGAGUCCAUGCUAUAAAGAGCGUCAGCGGUUUCUCUUCAGCCGUCGGGAUUAUGACAAACGCGCAAAAUCGCCUCAAGUCCACAAUGUCGGGUAUUUUUCCAGGGCCGCCAUCUAAUCCGGGACGCAAUUUUCUCAGCGAAAAUAAAAAGAGUCUUCGCUCACUGGAGCAGACAACAACGGAAAAGCUGGCAGCCAGAGAGCCAGUGCGUCCCAAGUGGAUGCCACCGAUGCGCCGUGCCGGCACCGAGAUAAGCGAAUCGAAAGGCGGCAGACCCCAAGCACAACCCCAGCAAACUACCCGUGAGAGCAGUCUGAUGCGUAACCGCCUCAACUCGUGUUCGCAUCAACAAUUGGGUGUGGGUGCUGCAGAGUCUGGCCAACGUGUUGGCCGCCAGGAGAAACGCGCUCCGGUGUACUACGACCGCUCGGAGGAGGCAGCACAGUCGUCGGACUGCAAUUCGUGCGGCACACGGCGCAACAGUGCCAAAAACAUUGCCACUCAAACGGAAGACAUCAACGAUGAACUCUACCUCACAAAUGCACUCAAAAAGUGCCAUUUUGAUGGGGCAUCCAUGAUGGGUGAGCGCGAGUCGCCCAAUAAGUACGAUAAGUACGACGAGGAGCAGCAACCCCGGCACAUUUCCCACCACAUGAUUGAGGAUCAGAAAACUGAAAAUUCACGCGAAGAUGUGCGUAUUCCUCGCUUUCUUGAAAAGGAUAAGGAGAAGCGCGAUAAGGCCGCUGCCCAGGAGUUGGCCAACGCAAGUGAUCCAGACUGUAUGCUCGCGGAGCAGGCUCGUGUUGGCCACCUAAACACCGCACAGAAGCGCUACGAUGGACUCAUCAAUGAAAUAAAUCGCAUGCCCAUCACCUCGCAGAGUCUGUGGGUGCGCAACCGCAAGGCGGAAAUUGACAAGGAGCUGGCUGUUGUAGACGAGGAGAUUCGCGUCUACUCCAAGCCCAAGCUGUACAUUAAUUGCAGCAAAAAUAAGUAAAGCAGAUACACGUAACACGCCACACUCAACACUCUGUACACGCCACAUAAAAACAAAGAGUUUGCAUUGACUGGCUGGUUUGGUGCUAAUAGCAGCCCCCGCCCCAAACACUAACAAAAACAAUGAACAAUGCCAAUCAACGUACACGUACACUGAGAAACUGAAGACUCCAUUAAACACAACAUUCAAAAAUAAACGAUUAAAAUGUGCGCAGCCAA